AUGGUUGCUAGUCAACCAUUUUGCUUUCCUAAUAAAUCCAAGAAUCAAAACAACUCAACCAUGGAGUAUGUGGAACCUAUUGAACCUGACCUCAGCAACAGUGAACCUGACCACAGCAACAGUGAACCUGACCACAACAACAGUGAACCUGGUUACAGCAACAGUGAACCUGGUUACAGCAACAGUGAACUGACCACAGUAACAGUGAACCUGACCACAACAACAGUGAACCUGACCACAGCAACUGUGAACCUGAUCUCAGCAACAGUGAACUUGGUCACAACAACAGUGAACCUGACCACAGCAACAGUGAACCUGACCACAACAACAGUGAACCUGACCUCAGCAACAGUGAACCUGACCACAACAACAGUGAACCUGACUACAACAACAGUGAACCUGACCUCAGCAACAGUGAACCUGGUUACAGCAACAGUGAACCUGACCACAGCAACAGUGAACCUGACCACAGCAACAGUGAACCUGACCACAACAACAGUGAACCUGACCACAGCAACUGUGAACCUGAUCUCAGCAACAGUGAACUUGGUCACAACAACAGUGAACCUGACCACAGCAACAGUGAACCUGACCACAACAACAGUGAACCUGACCUCAGCAACAGUGAACCUGACCACAACAACAGUGAACCUGACUACAACAACAGUGAACCUGACCUCAGCAACAGUGAACCUGGUUACAGCAACAGUGAACCUGACCACAGCAACAGUGAACCUGACCUCAGCAACAGUUAACCUGGUUACAGCAACAGUAAACCUGACCACAACAACAUUGAAUUUGACCUUGGCAACAGUGAACCUGACCACAGCAACAGUGAACCUGACCACAACAACAGUGAACCUGGUUACAGCAACAGUGAACCUGACCACAGCAACAGUGAACCUGACCACAGCAACAGUGAACCUGACCACAGCAACAGUGAACCUGACCACAGCAACAGUGAACCUGACCACAACAACAUUGAACCUGACCACAGCAACAUUGAACCUGACCACAGCAACAGUGAACCUGACCUCAACAACAGUGAACCUGACCUCAACAACAGUGAACCUGACCACAGCAGCAGUGAACCUGACCACAGCAACAGUGAACCUGACCUCAGCAACAGUGAACCUGACCACAGCAACAGUGAACCUGACCACAACAUCAGUGAAUUUGACCUCAGCAACAGUGAACCUGACCACAGCAACAGUAAACCUGACCACAACAACAGUGAACCUGACCUCAGCAACAGUGAACCUGACCACAGCAACAGUGAACCUGACCACAACAACAGUGAAUUUGACCUCGGCAACAGUGAAACUGAUCUCAGCAACAGUGAACCUGACCACAACAACAGUGAACCUGACUACAGUAACAGUGAACCUGAUCUCAGCAAUAGUGAACCUUGAUUCUUGCAAUUAUUAA